CGUAAAAUUAUAUAUCUAUGUUUUUUUUAUAAAAAAAAAUAUUAUUCCGUAGAUAUUAUUCAGUUGAAUUAUUUUUAUUAUUACGUAAAUAACGAUAGAUAUUAUUAUAUUUAAAAAAAUAAUAACAAGUCUUAAUUCGUUCUUAAUAUAACAGAUUAAAUGAUAAGAUACGACGUAAAAGUAUAUAUGUACAUAUUGCUGAAACGGUUAAUCAUCACGAAGAUCGUGAAUUUGAUAGAACGUAGACGUGUCCUUUCAUAUCUUAUAGAUUUAUGAACGUAUAGGUACAUAGAUAAAUACGAAGAUCUCCGAGAAAAUUUUCUUUCUUUUCUUUUCGAUUAUAAGACUGACAAAGUUCUUCGUAAUGUGUCAUCCAUUUCGAAACGAAGAUGAUAUUUACUUUUUAAGAUUCUUUUUCGUUGAAAGUUCCAAAGUUGCCUCGAGGUAACAAUUCGAUAACUUUGAAAAGAUACUAAAUGAAGCUCUUUAAAAAAAAAAAAUGCUUAUCUUCUGUCGAAAUUAUUUUCCUAAAGAAACUUGUGCAUAACCUACUGAAUUUUAUAUCAAUAACAUUCUAUCGAAUUGAAUAUAAUUUAAUCGCAAAAAAAAAAAGAAAUAAAAAGCCCAAAGUCCAGUCGACAAUUUCGUUUUCAUGAAAAUAUUAUUUCAGCUUGGAGAUACUCGAACGUUUACUUUCGAUAGGAUUUUAAUCGAUUUUCACAGCUCGUUCUAUAAUAUUAUCUAUAGAAAAAACGACAAGCCAUGGGGGUGGGGAGAAGAGAAAGAGAGAGAGAGAGAGAGAGUGAGAGUGAGAGUGAGAGUGAGAGAGAGUGAGAGAGAGAGAGAGGGAGAGAGAGAGAGAGAGAGAGAGAGAGAGAGAGAGUGAGUGAGUGAGUGAGUGAGUAGGAGAGUAAGGAGAGUUAUCGAUUGUAUAACAAAUUAUUGCCAUAACUAGUUUCAACCUAUUAACGAGUAACGAGCGAUCAUCGAGAAGAUGCCUAAGGCGAAUAUUAACAACACACGAUAUCGCUUGAAAUAGGGUUCACUUUAAUGUCAGCACCGUUUUGUUGUCCCGUUUUCUCUUUAGUAUAAAAUUAUUCUAACGUAUCCACCACGAGUGAAAAUUAUUGAUUACUACGUAAUCAUUAAUCAUUAAUAAUAAUAAUAAUAAUAAUAAUAAUAAUAAUAAUAAUAAUAAUAAUAAUAAUAAUAAUAAUAAUAAUAUUGAUGAUAAUGAUGAUGAUGAUGAUGAUGAUGAUGAUGAUGAUGAUGAUGAUGAUGAUGAUAAUGAUAACAGCAAAAGACAUUCAGGAUUCAACAUUCUAUUGAGAUGUAAUUCUUGAAUUAAUUCAUCCGCGAAGUUUUUUCAAGAGCAUAGAGAAAUUUUGGGUGAAUUAAAGUGUGAAAUUAAAAAUUUAAAUUAAGGGCUCAUUAAUACGAAAGAAACGGAUAAUAUAGCCAAAAAGAAAGAGAAAGAGAGAGAAAGAAAUUAUAUAAAAUAUAUCGUUUAUCGAAGAAACAAUUUAUUUUAUUACUCGAGUGGUGGUAUAUAAUUUGAACAAACAAUUUAAGAAGAAAGAAGGAAGAAGGAAGUGGCUAAAAAAGAAUAGAAAACUUUAUUAAAGUGCAAGAUGAUCGAGGAUAACAUAUUAAAAACAUGUGGACUCACGUUUAAUUUUUUGCGAUAUAAAAAAGAAGAAAGAAAAGUUGGAAGAAUUUUCGUUUCACCAGUAUCUAUUUCAAGUCGGAAACGACCGUUCUUUCAGAAGAGUUCUUUAUAAAACGUGUGAAGAAGCUUGUUCGCACAAUUUACUCUUGGAAAAAGAAACAACAUAAAAACAUAUAAAGAACGUCUCGUUUAGAUCACAAUGGCAAGCAGAAUAUACUUAACACUAUGAAGAAUAACGAAAGCAUGGUGGAUUAUGUGUUGGAUAUCAUAGAGGGCAGCGAAUACUCCAACGUAUCUUGGAAUAAUUCGAACUCAGAGCACUCAAUAGUGUGUGACGAGUUCAUCAGCAAGGACAAUGUUCUCUCGUCAAGCUGGUUCCAAGCAACUAUCUACUUUCUCUAUAGUACGAUUUUCGUGGUCGCUUUAAUAGGAAAUGGAUUGGUCUGUUACGUCGUUCAGAGUAGUCCAAGGAUGCAAACAGUUACUAACUACUUUAUCGUUAAUCUGGCAAUCAGUGAUAUCUUGAUAGCAGUUUUUUGCGUCCCUACAACAUUUGUCAGUAUACUAAUCCUUCAAUAUUGGUCCUUUGGUCGGACACUCUGUCCGAUCGUUAAUUAUUCACAGGCUGUUUCCGUGCUAGUAAGCGCAUACACUUUGGUAGCGAUCAGCAUAGAUCGUUAUAUCGCUAUAAUAUGGCCAUUGAAACCACGCAUGAGUAAAAAACAAGCGACGCUCUUGAUACUGAGUGUCUGGUUACUCGCAUUGAUAGUCUCUUUUCCGAUUGCUUUGGUAUCGGAACUUUUUCAGCCUCGAAUAGAUCAUUACGUGAAAUGCAAUAAGUUCAUCUGCCGAGAGAAUUGGCAAUCGGAAAAGCACAGAUAUUAUUAUACGGUGGCUCUAUUAGUUCUACAGUAUCUGGUACCACUGAUGGUGCUUUUAUUCACUUAUACUAGCAUCGCCAUAAUCGUAUGGGGCAAAAGACCACCAGGGGAGGCCGAGAAUACAAGAGAUCAAAGAAUGGCACGUUCGAAAAGAAAGAUGGUGAAAAUGAUGAUUACCGUUGUAUUAGUCUUCACCAUGUGCUGGUUACCUUUCAAUGUUCUCAACAUAGUGAUAGACUUCGAUGAGAGACUCCAUAAUUGGACGGGUCUUCCUUUUAUAUGGGCAGCUCUUCAUUGGCUUUCAAUGUCACAUUCCUGUUACAAUCCAGUAAUCUAUUGCUGGAUGAACGUCAGAUUUCGUGCAGGCUUUAUCAUUGCAUUUGGACGUUUGCCAUGCUUGCAUAGAUUCAUACAUAAUCGAAAACGACAUACGUAUAACACCAGUAUGGUAGGCAUGCCCUUAACAGAUCUCGAAGGAUCCGGUCAUUUUGUUCUGCAGCGAAAAAAUACGUGCACGACUUAUGUUAGUGUCAGGCACAAAACGAAUGGAAAUCAUGGAGCACCUGCAAGAAGUGCCAGCUUCCGGAACAACGAAUCAUUGCGAUCUAACAUCCCACAGUCUCAACAUUGCAUAAAACGUCAAUCACAGUUAGAGGAACAGAUAUAAAGAAUAAGAAUAAAAAUGAAAAAAAAGAAAAAGAAAACUUUCUUUUAAAAAGAAGUUUUAAUGUUUUAGCGAAAAAUAUGAAUUAGCAUAAUCGAAUAACGAUUUACGUGGUCGCUUCUUCUUAUUUUUAUUUUUACUUUCACGAAUUGAAGAAGUAUAGUUUUCCUUGUAUAUUGCAUAAAAAUAAAAAAAUAUUGAAAAAUUAA